GUUUUUUAGACGGCGUUCAGUUUAAUCGGUUCAUAGGAUUUUGGCGGCUUCCUAAUCAUCCGACAAAUCUCCUUUCUCCGACACUCUGCUAGCGAAGUGUUCCGAUUCACUCAUUCGCCGUUUCCGAUUCACUCCUUUCUCCGACACAGAGAAAGGGAGAGACCGAUAGAGAAACACGAACCAAAAAAAUCAAAUCUUUAUCUUUGUACUGGCGGCUAACUCCUCUUGUAAUUGCGGGUACGUAUCAACCAGUCAAAGAUAGAUACAGAGGAAUCGAACUUGAGGAGGAAGAAUGCAUGCGAAGACGAAGGUGUCAAGACCUCGUCUUGACCGGCUAAACGCGAUAAAGGGUAGCGACUGCGAGGCUUCUGACUCCACGACUUCUUCGCCGUCUUAUUCCUUCAACAGCCAGUCAACUCCCAGGACCCGGUCGGUUGACUAUUUCUCGUCACCGGACUUGACGAGCUUCCGGGUCGGAGGAGCCGACGGCGAAUUCGAUCAAAUUUGCCGCUCUCUUGGGAUUUCCCCUGAAGAUUUUGCUAUACCCGAUGCUACUUGGGGGGCUUGCAGCGCUUCCUCAACUCCAACGAGUGUAAGGAGCUCUAGACUUACCCGUAGUUGGAGAGUUAUUGAUGCAAAUCCUUAUGAAUUUGAUAGAUUUCUAGAUGUACAUCAGCAUGAAGCUAGGGCUGAAUUGGGUGAUGUAAUUCAUGUAAUUGAAAGAAAUGAUGGCAGCUUGUUUCCUAGUUCGCCUAGAUUAGCUGCGAAAGAGUGUGUUGCCGAUGGUUUGAGCCAGCCUGGUGAUUUUGGUAGGAGUUUAAGUCAUCCCAGUAAUGAGGAAUCUAGUUAUCCCUUCGAGAACAUAAAUGGUUCAGAAGAGCAAAGAAUUGGGGAUGUUGGGAAUGCAAUUGAUAAUGAAGAAAGAAGUAAUGCGAAUUUGAGAGAUAUGUCUGUUGUUCUAUCAGAGUCUUAUUCAGAUUCAUACAAUGAAGAUGAUGAUGAUGGUGAUUCAUGCAUUGCGGGAGCAGAGUUUCUGCACACCCUUUCAGGUGAUGGUUUUUUCAUGCGCAGCAUUAAGAAUUGGCAAAAGGGCGAUUUUCUUGGUAGUGGUUCAUUUGGAACUGUCUAUGAAGGCUACACUGACGAUGGCCUCUUCUUUGCUGUAAAGGAAGUUUCUUUACUUGCUACAGGAAACCAUGGCCAGCAAAGCAUUUAUCAACUUGAACAGGAAAUUUCACUUUUAAGUCAGUUUCAACAUGAAAACAUAGUUCGGUAUCUUGGAACGGAUAAGGGCAAUAGCAAACUUUAUAUCUUCCUUGAACUUGUAACUAAAGGUUCGCUCGCGAGUCUUUACCACAAGUAUCAACUGCGCAAUACUCAGGUUUCUGUGUACACAAGGCAAAUUUUAAGCGGAUUACAUUAUCUUCAUUCCCGCAACGUGAUCCAUAGGGAUAUCAAAUGUGCUAAUAUACUGGUGGACGUAAAUGGUUCCGUGAAGCUUGCAGACUUUGGGUUAGCAAAGGCAACAAAACUGAAUGACAUAAAAUCGUGCAAAGGAACUGCAUUUUGGAUGGCCCCUGAGGUUGUUAAUCGGAAAAACAAUGGAUAUGGGCUUGCUGCUGAUAUAUGGAGCCUGGGAUGUACAGUUUUAGAGAUGUUGACUGGUCAAGUUCCGUACUCUAACUUAGAAGGGAUGCAAGCACUAUUUCGAAUUGGUAAGGGUGAACGCCCACGUAUACCUGAUUCAUUGUCAAGAGAUGCUCAGGAUUUCAUUGUUAAAUGCUUACAAGUUAACCCAACUGAUCGACCCACCGCUGGUGAACUAUUGGAGCAUCCAUUUGUGAGGAUGGCAGCUUUGACCUUCCCACCAAAUCCUGUGCCUUCCAGGUUGAAUCCUCAACCCCAAGGGCCCUCCACACCCCGACCUGAAAGACAUUUGGGAGGACGUAAGUCACGGUGACUCAAUCAGCCAAAUGGUGGGGGACCUUGUUCCCAUGCGCACCAGAGGUCCACACGAGCACAUAGGACCUGUAAGCCUGUUACCUCCACACGGCCGUUGCGGGUUUCGAUCCUUGGUCAAUGUUCCAACUUUCUCAUCACUCAACUAAUUGAGCUACCCGUGCGGAAAGAUACCCCCACCUUUAGGGGGGAUAGGAGAGAAAUGCAUUUCUUCUCAAUUUGUAUAUUUUACAAAUUUCCCUCUAUCUCUUUCAUACAAUCAUACCCAUUUUUCUCUUUUCUACUUAAACAAAACAAAGGCUAAAGGUUCACCAUUGUGCAUAUAUGUGACAGACUGACAGUGUACAUUAUAUUGUUCAUGUUCAUGAGUUUAUCUCAACCAGAUUUUACUAAAUGUAGGCAACAUUUCAGCUUGCAGAUUUU